AUGAAACCCUAACCAAAGAAGCCUUAACCAAAGCAGGCUGCUUAAGCACAGGCAAAACCUUAAGAAAGCAUAUAACCCUAGAAAAAAGAAGAGCCCCCAAAAUAAGAACCUUAAAAAGUAGUGUAAAUUGUUGAACCUCCAAAGCCAAAAGAAAAUCUUAAAUUAAAUGAACUAAAGAAAUAAUGGUUACAAUUUUAACUAUACUCUGAUGUUAAGGACGCUAUUGAAGAGUAAUUUAAUGUUACUAAGAUACCUUUAAAAGAUUCAAUCAGAGAUGGCAAGAUCGAGAUUAAGGAUUAGAUAGAGGAUUUCGAUAAGAUCAUCAAAAAGUAAAAGGCUAAACUUAGAAAGCAUGAAUUUGAAGAAGGAUUAAUACACAUGCGUCUCAGGCAUAAUUUAUUAUCAUAGCAUGAAUAUGAGGAAAGGAAGAAGUUUAUUUCAGUAAAUUUAGAUCUUAUACCAGAGAAAGAUAAGGAAUUCUAAGAAAAACUAGGCAUAAGAGAGUACUUUAUGAAUAAGAAUAGUGUCCUGCUCCAUAGUACCAUAGAAAAGUCUUAGCCUCUAAGUAAUGCGCAUAAAUUAUCAUUGGAUUUAACAAAGCCUCUCAUUCCUACAACAUAGCUGCUUGGAAUAGGUUCUUUAACUGAAAGAGGCAAGUCUUCAAAUGAUAAACAUAGAAACAAAGAGCCAAAGUUAUUCAACUUCAAGACAUUAGAAGAGAAACAAAAGCACGAUGAAUUUAUAAAUAAAAUCAGAGACUAAGAUAAAGAAAGAAGGAAACUCAAGAAAUAAUUAGAAUAACUUCACUAAAAAGCUGAGAAAGAAAAGGUGGAAAAGCUGAACUUCGAAAAAUAAAAAGAACACGAAAAGCAAGAAUAAGAUAAAAAGAAGAGAUUCCUAGAUAUUUAGGAGGCUUUAUCAAAAAAAGAAAAGGAGAGAAUAGAACAGAAAUAAUAGUAGGAUUAAGCAUUGACAAAACUAUUUAAUCAUUAGCCAUUACACAUAAAAAUGGAAUUUUAGUAUAAAAAUGAAGUUGAGUUACCUCUGCUAGAGCAGAAAAAGAAAAAGCUGGAGGAAAUAAGGCAAUUUUUCAAAUAACCUUUAGAUAAGAAGGAUAUAAGUAAUCAUUAGAAAAAAUAUGAAAGUGAAGCUGAAGCCAAGCAAAGGGAAAGAGAGAAAAAGAAGUAACAGAAACUUAGAGAGUUUUAUGAGAGAUAAUAGGAUAUUUAUGAAAGCAAAUAUGUUGAGAUGGACUAGAAGUAAAAAGAAGAAGAGGAGGAAAGAAUGCGGGAGAGAAAAUUAGUGAAAGAAAGAAUGAACGAAUACUUUGAGAGUAUUAAAGAUACAAUCAAAAUUAGAGAUGACAAUUCUGCCAAGAAACUGAAAAAGUCCGAUGAACAGUAGAGUGAUUUAUUCAAAAUAAAAACUCUCAAGCAUGGUGCAUAAAGUGCAAGGGGAUUACCGAAUCUUAGAAGUAGCCUAGUUUCAGGUAUGUAGGACAUUCAUUGGAAGAGUGAGCAUACGUUAUUACAAGAGGAGAAAGUUAAAAAGAACUAAGAAAAAGAGAAAGUCCGAUAAGAAGUACUGAGCAAAGAUUAUCUGAAAGAAGUUCUAAGCCAUUAAAAAGGCAAGUUAAGAGAGAGUGCAGCAGAAUAAGACAUUGGAAGGUAUAUGAAUGAUUAGAAAAUGAGUGACCGAGAUAGAUUCGAUUUAGUGCAAUUAAAAGCCAAAUAAUACGAAGAUAAAGCAAAACUGGAUGAGUAGUUGCUGAUGCUUGAUGACAAUGAUCCAAAAGCAGUCUAAAAGGCUAUUGAACAGGGAUAAUGCAAUGAGAUUUCAGAUCUAUAUUUAAGUGAGAGCCUUCUAAAUGUUGAAGUGGACAAUAUUACUCAGACAAUUGGAAUUUAAUAUAUUUACAACUUUCAUUUACUCUGGUUUGACCACAACGCAACAAACAUUGAGUUUGUGAACAAUUUCAAAGAUGGUCUUAUCUUUAAUAGAGUAUAUAACAAAACUAUCUUAGCAUUUUCGAACGAGACUUCUCACUAGCUUUACCAAAAAUAAGAAGAUGGGAAAUUUAUCCUUAAUGGAACUAUGCUUUAGAAUUACACAGACAUUGAUUUGAUGCUUAUUGAGCUGCCAGAAGAAAUCAGGCCCUUAUACAAUUUAUCUGCAGUGAAUAUCACUAACUUGACCAUGCUUAUUUCAUCUGAAGACAUGCAAAUUCUCAAGCAAAAUAUUACUAAUGCUAAGAAUAGAACAUUCACUACAAGAUUUAUUUAUUUCACUUACAUGAACUGUCCAAAAGUAAGUUUCUACAAGUUUGUCAUAGGUUGUUUUACUUUUGCUUACUUGAUAUUGUUCAUUAUGUUUUUACUCAGAUAAAUGCGGUCUUUCAACAGAGACCCUAGUAUUCUCCAAAGGUGUGUUCCAAUAAUGCCCUUCUUGAAAAUGAUAUAUUGUGGGUUGAACUUUAUUCACUGGAUGAGUUGUCCCUGGCUUUAAAAGGAUGAGGCUAUGAAUUUCAUAAAGUCAUUCAGAGUCACAAUGGCGACCUUGUUCCAAACUUCUUUAUGCAUGUUUUUCCUUUUAAAUGUCUAUGGCUUCAAAAUAAGCAGAUAGAGUCUCACAUAGGAUCACAUCAAGAAAUUGUUGAUAAUCAUGUCAGUCUAAUAUUUUGUUGAUUCAUUAUUUACUCUGAGCGGCUUCAUUCCUGAAACCAGGAUAGCAGUUUCUUUUAUCUUAAACAUAUUUUCUCUGUACAUGAUCUAAUUUGCACUCAAGAAUGCUAAAUUAAAUUUUGAUGCCCUUAACUUAAGACUUGCUUAAGUCUAAAGACAAUAAAGUUUGGACUAUCUGGCAUAAACCAUAAUAUAAAAGAAAAAACUGAUUUCAUACGCAACUCUGACGAUGAUAGGCUACUAUAGCUAUGAGAUUUAUAUUCAUGGAGUGAAGAAUUUUGUGUUUCAGGAUGAAAAUUACUUUUAACAGCUUAACACCAAUAUAAUUCAUGAAUUUGUAGAUCAAUUUUGUGUAUACUGUCUUGGACUUAUUGUCACCCUUGCUAAUCAGAGCAAUAACUAAUUAGGUGGAGGAAUGAUUGAUAUAUCUUAUGGCAAUUUCAAUCACAAUAUUCGAGAAGUUCCACAGGACAUCAAUUAUGAAUGUAAUAUUAAACUGGAUAACGAGUUUGACCCAGAAUCAGAUGAAAAGAUUAUAAAAAAGCUUGAUGAUAAAACACCAAUAAUCCUAAUUUACCCUGAUUGUGAGAACUAUGAGUUCAAAAUUGGCUAUAAAGAGAAACCAAAGGAGUCUAGAGUAAGAAAUGCAGUUGUAGUAGAAUCUGAAGUAAAUGAUUCAUCAAUAGUCAGUGAAUCUGGGGAGCUAAACAAUGAUGUUAGGUUAGUUAUGGAUUUUAGUAAUUGA